AUGUUUUAUGACGCUCAGCUGGGCCCUGCAGCCCCCUGGGACCGCGCCGUUCCCAUGGUGUGCUGUUGCUGUGCCCGGCGGCUGUGUGCGAGGUGGGCGCUGGCCGGGCUGGCUGCGGCGGUGCUGCUGUGCCGCUGGCUCCUGGCCUGGAGGGGAGGGGAGGCCCCCCUGGUCCUCACCACGGCCGGGCCGAGCGCCGGGCCCACCCUGGCGCCCCUCCUGCUGGUCGAGCAGAACUCCAGCUGCGGCCGGAUCAUCGGGGGGGACAGGCUGGAGCUGGAGAGGGUCCUCCUCGAGGCCAAGACGGUCUCGCUGCGGCGUCGCGGGGUGACCGAGGGCGAUUACCUGGAGAUGGCGCGGGACUGCGGCAGCUUCGUGCGAGCCCGCAGGUACAUCACGGUGCCCCUGAGCCCAGAGGAGGAGCGCUACCCCGUGGCCUACUCCAUGGUCAUCCACGACGGCAUCGAGAUGUUCGAGCGGCUGCUCCGGAGCAUCUACGCCCCGCAGAACCUCUACUGCGUCCACGUGGACCGCAAGUCGCCAGGAGAGUACCACGCGGCCGUUCGGGCCAUCGCCGCCUGCUUCCCCAACGUCUUUGUGGCGGCCAGGUUGGAGUCGGUGACCUACGCUACCUGGGCCAGAGUCCAGGCGGACCUCAACUGCAUGGGGGAGCUCCUGAGGAACCCCGUCCCCUGGAGGUACUUCUUCAACGUCUGCGGCCACGACUUCCCCCUCAAGACCAACCGUGAGAUCGUCCACAGCCUCAAAGCUCUCAAAGGCUCCAACAUGAUCGAGUCCGACUUACCACCGGGAUACAAAAAGAAACGCUGGCGGUUUCACUAUGAUAUCCGGGACCAGUUGGUGGUGACAGAGCAGCUGAAGGAGCCGCCCAACAUCAGUACCUCGGUCUUCGUGGGCAGCGCCUACAUCGCGGUCACCCGAGAGUUUGUCGCCCACGUGUUCGCCAGCGCCGAGGUCCAGGCGUUCCUCAGGUGGUCGGAAGAUACCUACAGCCCGGACGAACACGUGUGGGCCACCCUGCUGAGGAUGCGUGGUGUGCCCGGCUACCGCCGGUACACCCGGAGAUCCUCCCGCACCCUGGGACGGGCAGUGAAGUGGUCCUUCGAGGCUGGCAACGUGGUGAAAGGAGCCCCAUACGGUGACUGCACGGGGACCUACCGCCACCUGAUCUGUAUCUAUGGCGUGGGCGACAUCAGCUGGCUACUGCGCCAGGAACCAUUCUUCGCCAACAAGUUCGACCCCGAGGUCGACAACAUGGCCGUGCAGUGCAUGGAGGAAUAUCUCCGCAACAAGACCCUGCGGGAAGCCCAGCGCGGGGCCAUUUCAGCACCGAGAUGUUGUUGUCCUGAGGGACUGGCAGCCGGAGAGUUAUUGAAUUGCUCGGUCAGUCCAGGCAACGGUGCUGUCCAGGAUUCCCGAGAGAGCGGUGAGAAAGACCGAGAACACAACGCAAGGAUUCCGGGCGUUGCAGUGGGCUGGUUUGGGGUUUGGGGCUUUGGCUCGGUACUUCCCCCCAUUCCCAACUUACUGAAGGUUCUGAGGCACCGGGAAGAAUGA